AUGGUGAAAGAAAAGAAAAAAGCAGACAAAAGAGGGGAGAAGUCGGCCCCCUCUCCCUCAUCUCUCUCUGAUAAUCUAGACUUUUCCAAACAAGAUGGCAACACCACUAGGCAAGAGAUGUCCCCAGCUGGCGUCCCAUUGCUGGGAAUGCAGCUUAACGAAGCGAAACCCAAAAAAGACCCCCGAAACGUUCAGCAGAAUGAAGAUGCCACCCAAUACGAAGAGUCCAUUCUGACCAAGCUCAUCGUGGAGAGCUAUGAAGGGGAGAAAGUUCGUGGGCUGUACGAGGGAAAAGGCUUCGCAGUCUUUCAAGGCGGUUGUACCUUCGGUAUGUUUUCAGAAGGACUCAUGCAUGGACAAGGGACUUAUAUUUGGGCCGAUGGAUUAAAAUACGAGGGCGACUUUGUGAAGAAUGUCCCGAUGAACCACGGCGUGUACACGUGGCCGGACGGCAGCAUGUACGAAGGCGAAGUGGUCAACAGCAUGAGGAACGGGUUCGGGAUGUUCAAGCGCAGCACCCAGCCCGCAUCCUACAUCGGCCACUGGUACAAUGGCAGGCGGCACGGGAAGGGCUCCAUGUAUUACAAUCAAGAGGGUACGUGUUGGUAUGAGGGAGACUGGGUGCAAAACAUCAAAAAGGGCUGGGGAAUAAGAUGUUAUAAAUCUGGAAAUAUAUACGAAGGCCAGUGGGAAGACAACAUGCGCCACGGGGAGGGGAGGAUGAGGUGGCUGACCGCCAAUGAAGAGUACACCGGGCGGUGGGAGAGGGGCCUCCAGAAUGGCUUUGGAACACACACGUGGUUUCUAAAGAGAAUCCCCAGUUCCCAGUAUCCCUUGAGAAAUGAAUACAUAGGGGAGUUUGUAAACGGACAUCGUCACAGAUGUGGCAGGUUUUAUUACGCCAGUGGAGUCGUGUACGACGGAGAAUGGGUUUCCAAAAAGAAACAUGGCACAGGCCGAUUAACUUUCAAGAACGGGCGUGUGUACGAAGGCGCAUUCUCCAAUGACCACAUAGCCGGGUUUCCAGAUCUUGAAGUUGAAUUCAUCAGCUGCCUGGACCUGUCUCCAGGAGUUGCCCAAAGAUUGUCCAGGAGUGCCGAACUGAUCAGAAAGCUUGAUGGCAGUGAAAGUCAUUCUGUGUUGGGGUCGAGCAUUGAGCUGGAUCUAAAUUUGCUCCUGGACAUGUACCCUGAGGCAGCCCGACCUGAAGAAAAGAAGCAGGUAGAAUAUGCUGUGUUAAGAAAUAUUACAGAAUUAAGAAGAAUCUACAGCUUUUAUAGCAGCCUGGGAUGCGACCACUCUCUGGAUAAUACCUUUCUGAUGACAAAGCUUCACUUCUGGAGAUUUCUAAAAGAUUGCAAAUUUCAUCACCACAGACUAACUCUUGCUGAUAUGGACAGGAUAUUAAGUGCCACUAAUGACAUACCAGUUGAAGAAAUCCAUUCUCCAUUUACAACAAUACUUCUGAGAACAUUUUUUAAUUACCUCCUGCCUUUGGCAUACCACACUUAUCACGAAGAAUUCCAAAAGAGAAGCCCAUCGCUCUUCUUGUGUUUUGCAAAACUGAUGAUGGAGAACAUUCAUCCAAAUGCCUGCCAGAUAAAAGGCAAUUUAUUUUGUGAGCAACAGCGGACGCUUUACUCUAUGAAUUACAUGAAUAAGUGCUGGGAGAUCUAUCUAGCUUACUGCAGACCCCGCGCAGCGCCUCCCCACGAGGCUACAAUGAAGAUGAGACACUUCCUCUGGAUGCUGAAAGACUACAUGUGACUAAAUAAAGAAUUAACAGUAGCUACAUUUAUGGAGGUCAUAGCAGAGGAUAAUCCUUUCAUAUAUGAUGGAAUUGACAGCAACUUUGAACCUGAGCUGGUUUUCCUGGAAUUCUUUGAAGCUCUCUUAAGCUUUGCGUUCAUCUGUGUUACUGACCAAAUGACUAAAUCCUAUGCAAAUGUUCCAACUGAUGAUGUGUCUGGAAAUAAACAUGAAACUAUUUAUACAAUACUCAAUCAGGACGCCCAGAACAAGAGUCCCAGCGUGGUCAUGAGCCACGAAUCGGAUGCUGCUCACUCUGACAGUGCCAGGUCAUCUUCCAGCAAGUUAGAGCUCUGGCCUGAUAUUAACAAAAUAAGGAAAUCAGAGCCCAAGAUCAAGAAGUCUCUAAGUGAUGAAAGAGUCUCCAAAAUGAAUUUUCAAUCUACUGGAAAAGGGGUCACCUUUUUUUCAUCUGAGAGCGGGUCAUCCAGUGAUGAUCAAUGUCAUGGGAAUUUUCCGCUGUCACUUUGCUGGCUUUGCCAGUUGCAUGUGGCCUUGUUUCCAUGA